UUGCAGUGUUCAGUUGUUGCGUUGGAGAGUCCGCUAGAGUUUGCUGCACCCCAGUAAUCCGUGUUCCCGGCUCGGACUGGUUGAGAGACGGGUUUUGCCAUGGCACAGAUCCAGGCGCGCUUCUUCACCGAGAAUGAAAAGUACAAGGUCGAUGAUGUUCCAUUCUCCAUUCCGGCUGCCUCAGAAAUUAUAGACCUUAGUAAUCUCAUCAACAAACUGCUUGAAACAAAGAAUGAUGAGCAGAAACCUGUGGAAUUUGAUUUCCUUAUCAAGAGUCAGUUCCUGCGGAUGCCACUUAUCAAGCAUAUGGAGGCAGAAGGAAUUUCCACAGAAGUGGUAGUUGAAAUAGAAUAUGUUGAAAAGAUCACAGCCCCUCAGCCUGAAGAGUGUAUGAUGCACGAUGACUGGGUGAGCUCAAUUGCAGGCACUGACGAAUGGAUUCUUACAGGUUCUUAUGAUAAAACCUGUAGAAUUUGGUCUUUAGAAGGGAAGACCAUUAUGACAAUCGCAGGACACACGGAGGCAGUAAAGGAUGUGGCAUGGGUGAAAAAAGACAGUUUGUCCUGCCUGCUUCUGAGUGCUUCCAUCGACCAGACCAUUCAGCUGUGGGAGUGGAAUACAGAGCGCAAUAAAAUAAAGGCCCUGCAUUGCUGUCGGGGUCACGCUGGCAGUGUUGAUUCCAUAGCUGUUGAUGCAUCAGGAACUAGAUUCUGCAGUGGAUCUUGGGAUAAGAUGUUGAAGAUAUGGUCAGCAGUUCCAUCUGAAGAGGAAGAUGAAUAUGAAGACACAUCUGACCGUCCUAGAAAAAAACAAAAAACUGAAAAGCUGGGGCUAACAAGGAUUCCUAUUGUGACGCUCUCUGGGCAUAGCGAGGCUGUCUCAUCUGUACUGUGGUCUGAUGUCGAUGAGAUUUGCAGCGCUUCAUGGGAUCACAACAUCAAAAUCUGGGAUGUUGAAACUGGAAGUGUUAAAAGCAGUUUGGUAGGAAAUAAGGUUUUCAACUGUAUCUCCUACUCGCCUCUCUCCCAACGUCUGGCAUCAGGAAGCACCGAUCGACAUAUCCGUCUUUGGGAUCCACGUUCAAAAGAUGGAUCCCUAGUUCUUCUCUCUCUGACAUCACAUACAGGUUGGGUGACCUCUGUGAAAUGGUCUCCCUCUCAUGAGCAGCAGAUCAUUUCUGGAUCUCUUGACAAACUUGUGAAGCUGUGGGACACUAGGAGCUGUAAGGCGCCACUUUAUGACCUUGCCGCUCACGGAGAUAAGGUGCUAAGUGUUGACUGGACAGAUGCAGGGCUAAUACUGAGUGGUGGAUCAGACAACAAGCUUUAUUCAUACAGAUACACGGCAUCUCUGUCAGAUGAAGGAGCAUGAACGUUACAUUAUAUCUAAGGGCUGUUCAGAAAGCAAAUCAUCAGUGGUGGAAAUGGAGUUUUUUUUUUUUUUUUCUGAAACCUUUUGCAAUUCUGUUUGUCCUGUUCAGGAAUAUAAUUUGAAUGGUUGGCAUUUAAAGAGUUAUUGUUUAACAGGUUUCAUAUUCACCAUUUAAAUGUACAUUUUUAUGUAUAUUCUUGAAAAUUGACAUUCUAGUAUAAAAAGGAUUAUACUUUGUAAAUAUUUUUUUUUUAUUCCAACACCUCAAAUAAAGGAUUGUUCCUUGCAAUUGUAACGGGCUAAAAUCUACUUAGACUCUUAUUUUAAUUUACCCAAACAGAUUUUCAAAGGUUCUGCAAAAUAGAUAUGUUAUGUUUUACUAUAUCAUGUUUUGUAUUCAUCCUAUAAAAAAUAAAUUAUGCAUUUAUUUCUUGA